AUGGCGGUGUGGUACCUACCGCUCUCUGUAAAGAUGUCACCCUCAGCUUUAAUGGGCUUUAAGUGUGUUUUGACAACACGCUAUUCCUCCAGAAAGCUGCUAAAAUCUUUGAUAGACACCUGCAGACGAGGUUACUCGGUGGAGAGCGGCGCGAGACCCGCCGGGUCCCGCGGCCCCCUGGACCACUACGGCGGGCUGAUCAGAGACGGGGCGCUGCGGGAGGAUGAGCACCAGAAAGCGGUGAUGCAGACCCUGGAUCAGCUCCACAAAACCCUGCGAGGAUACAGCAACACGCCGAUGUCUUUCUUCUCCAAGUUUUUCCCAAAACCGAAGGCUCCAAAAGGUUACUAUAUUUACGGGGAUGUUGGCACAGGGAAAACGAUGGUGAUGGACAUGUUUUAUUCAUACGUUGAGACUGAAAAGAAAAAGAGGGUUCAUUUCCACGGCUUCAUGUUGGACGUGCAUAAAAGGAUCCAUCGACUGAAACAGAGCAUGCCAAAGAGGAAAGCAGGUAAAAUGGCCAAAUCCUAUGACCCCAUUGCUCCAAUUGCAGCGGAGAUCAGCGAGGAAGCGUGUCUCCUGUGCUUUGAUGAGUUUCAGGUGACUGACAUCGCUGACGCCAUGAUCCUGAAGCAGCUCUUUGAGAAUCUGUUUCUGAACGGAGUCGUCGUCGUGGCCACUUCUAAUCGUCCGCCCGAAGACUUGUAUAAAAACGGGCUCCAGAGAGUCAACUUUGUGCCGUUUAUUGCUGUGCUGCAGAAAUAUUGCCAAACUCUCCGUCUGGAUUCUGGGAUAGAUUACCGCAGAAGGAACAGACCAUCUGCUGGAAAACUCUACUUCCUAUCCAGUGAGCCGGAUGUGGACGCAACGCUAGACAAGAAGUUUGAUGAGCUGGCUUUUAAGCAAAAUGACAUAACGCGACCCAGAGUUCUGAAUGUCAACAACAGGAAAGUCCGUCUGAACAAAGCAUGUGGGACCAUUGCAGACUGCACGUUUGAGGAGCUCUGUGACAGACCUUUAGGGGCCAGCGACUACCUGGAGAUGUGCGUCCUGUUUGACACCAUCUUCAUACGGCACAUUCCUCUGCUGACGCUGAACCAGAAGUCUCAGGCCCGGCGGCUCAUCACGCUCGUGGACACCCUCUACGACCAGAAGGUGCGGGUGGUGAUUCUUGCCGAUCACCCACUGGAUGAUCUCUUCGUGCACCGCGGUGAGUCCGGCCACGAAGAGAGCCACGUCCUGAUGGACGACCUGGGGCUGACGAGGGAUGAAGCCAGCAGUCUGUCCAUCUUCAGCGGAGAAGAGGAGAUGUUCGCCUUCCAGAGGACCGUGUCUCGCCUCACGGAGAUGCAGUCGGAAAAAUAUUGGUUGGAAGGAGACCGGAGCGCCACAUCUCAGGUGUAGCCGCGUUGCGCAACCGCCAUUAACUGGACUCCUCGUCGUCUCCAUCAUCAACCCAGAGGGACUGCAUCUAAUGUACAGGGAAUAUUUAUUGAACUUUAUUGUGACAUUGCACUUUCUGGAUCAUUUAUUUUUUUAUAUAUAUAACUUUAUGGUGUCUUAUUGCUUUUAACUCCCGUGUUAUUUCGUGGGUCCAACUGCAUUUUACUUUGAUCAAUCUGUGGGAAAAGAGCUGGACGGCUUUUUAAAAUGGAUUCCCGACCAACUUUUAUGAAGAUUUAAGAGACAUUUUAAUCUGGCCGCUUUUGAAAAAUAUAAUGCAUAUCAAUGAGUUGUUUAUGAUUCUACUGCGAGCCUGAACACAGUGGCAGCAGAUUGAUUCACAGAUUUAAAGCUGUUUAUUUAUGAUUUACGGGUUCGUGUUCAUUAAUGAUUGUGUGGACGGUGCGUGUGGAGCAUUCCUCUCCAGAACAUUUCUCAUGAUCCACUGAACAAUAACAUUUGACUCGUUAUCAGCAUUUUCAUUUGGUGGAUAAAAAAAGAAACCGGGACGUGUAUUACAGGAAUUGUUUUUUGUUAAUAUAUUACUUACAGGGCGCAUUGAUGUGUAUCUAUCAUCAUAAAUGAAGCAAACAACG